GUCGCUGCCUGCUAAGUCACGAGGUUUCUGAGAUUCGCCCUGUCUGGAAGGAGGCCGUUUGCUCUGUCACCCGUCUCUGUUUUCUACAGUAGACGUUACCGAGCGCUGCUGAAGUGCCCGGCCGCCCAGUGCUCCCUGCCCAGGCGGCCGCGUUCCGCGCGCGGGUGUGCCGCGCUAGCCUGGGGCAGCCAGCGGGCGGAGCGUGUGCUCCGCGGGGCACUUGCCAGCAGCCCACAGCCUGAGUCACUGUUUCUGGGAGGCCUGGCGUUAAUAGUUACAUUGAAAGAACUUCCCAAAGGGCCAGACACAGGGUCUGACACAGCGACAGUGGCCAGGAGCCAGCAGCGCACCAGCGUAUGACAGUAUUUCCCAAGUACGGUGACUGCUCGUACCACAGUAGUGAGGCAUAAUUUGGGUCCGUUGGGUAAGCUUGGUCAAAACUCGAAGCUCUGCGGUGACUUCUGUGUGUGUGUUUGUGGAAAUGGGCCUUGUUUGGGGCGUCUCUCUACGCUCCUGUCGCGGUUCGCCUGGCCGUCGUCAAGGUAUCACAGGCACGUUGCGCUUGCUGCUUUGCGCAGAUCCUCCUGUGGAGGCCCCAGAUCACCCACAGGGACUUGGCAGAAUGGACAAGACCUGCGAACUGAAACACAAAAUGCUGGACAGCCCUUUGGGGAAGCUCGAGAUAGCCGGCUGUGAGCAAGGCCUGCAUGGGAUAUGGCUUCCCCGCGAGAAGACGCCCAGAGCUGACGGCGUGGAGGCCCCAGCCCCUCCUGAGGCUCUCAGCGGUCCGGAGGGAAUGACGGAGCCCCUUGUGCAGUGCGCAGCCUGGCUGGACGCCUAUUUCCACGAACCCAGGGCCAUCGGUGAGCUCCCCUUACCGGCUCUUCACCACCCCGUUUUCCAGCAAGCCCUAUUCAUUAAAGAUGCCUGUAGCCAAGGUCACCGGCAGCCCCUGCGUGCCACAGGGCUUGGCAUUCUGAGCAGCAGCUGGGGGGUGGUUCCUCAACGCUGCGGGACGUGGACAGCUAGCAUGAUCACCGCCUGGCCCACGGCUGCUGCUUCCUUCUUUGUCCCGGCUGAAGUUGGAAAAUAAGCAGCCAGACAAAAGGUUUCCAAAUUCGUUCACCAGACAGGUGUUAUGGAAGCUGCUGAAGGUUGUGAAAUUCGGGGAAACGGUUUCUUACCAGCAAUUAGCAGCCCUGGC